AUGUUAAUGAAAACAGCCUUAUUAUUGAUCUUAAUUCAAUCUGUUAUUGCUUUCCCAAUUAACCUUCCCAUUUUCGGAGUGAAAAGUUUAGUUCAAGGCUCAGAUGGUGUUAUAUUAUCAGAAUCAGAUCACGUUCCCGGUGAGAUAGAGUCCGCUUCAAUCGCUAGAACUCUCGUCUUCAGGGAGUCUAUGGUGAAUGUUAACACUUUCAAAAUUGUCAAGAAAGGCGAGAAAUCUGUGAAAGUACCUGUUUCCUCGAUGGAGUAUUAUGUCGAUUGUGAUAACGAUGGUGACUUCUACUGGUUAGUCGUUGAUAUCGGUUCCAGUUAUCAAAACAUAUUACAUGGUUCUGAGUACUCAUUCACCCUUAGAGUCGGUGAUCAUCCGGUUAACGAGGAAGUAAACCCUGAAUACCCAGGUGGAAUGUCCACUUCACCAGCUGGGUCCCCUAGAAUCAAUAUUCAAGGAAAAUUAGAAGAUGUUUCAUUUGAAACGAAGAAAGAACAACUCAAAUUAGAACAAUGUUUCCUCAAUAGACAUCCAGAUGCAAAGUAUUGGAUUCCUGGAAAGUCACAAUCCCACAACUCCCACUGGAUGAAAUUGAAAGUUGAGGAUAUAUAUUUCAUUGGUGGUUUUGGUGAUAGGGCAUAUAUAGGCCCAAUUGAUAGUGGCAUCUACCACUCCGUCACUUCACUAGAUGACCAUUAA